AUGUCAGCACUCUACAAACUGGCCGCAGUCAACAAUGGCCCCGAGACCAGCUGGGACGACAACCACAUGAGACUCCUCACUCGACUGAACGAUGAGGACAUCGAAAUCCUCCAACUUCCCUCGCCCAAGUGUUCCGCUAAACGCAUCUCGACCGAGUUGUGCCGGGCGCCAGGGCAGAAAGACCACAUCAUGAGUCCUCCCUGGCGACUCGGCAUCUGUGCCAUGGAAGACAAGGCACUCAGCAAGGCCAACCAGGAGAUAUUCCGUCGCUUACAGGUCGACGGUCUUAUCGAAGUGGUCCUGUUCGGUGACAAGACGCUGUUGAGUAAGACGCCGGAGGAAUGGCCGAUCUGUGAUUUCCUGAUCGCGUUUUAUUCUGAUGGGUUUCCCCUCGAGAAGGUCAUCUCGUACACAAGACUCCGCUCGCCGUUCUGCUAUAAUGACUUGCUUAUGCAGGGCGUUCUCUUUGAUCGUCGGCUCUGUAAUAGAGUCUUGGAUCACCUGGGUGUGCAGACUCCCAAGCGGCUUGAGGUCAACCGUGACGGGGGUCCCAGGGCCCAUGAUUGGGGUCUCGUUCAGCACGUGUAUGAUCGGAUUGGGCUGGAAUUACCAGGUCCGGGGGAAGCGGAAGCAACCCGUAGGCGGUCCCAUCCACCGAGCGUGUCUCUUUCGGAGGACGGGAAUACGCUCCUGGUGGACGGCCGAACGCUCCACAAGCCCUUUGUGGAGAAGCCCGUCAGUGCGGAAGACCACAACAUCUACAUUUACUUCCCAUGCUCCGAGUACGACCCUGAGUUGGUCGUGCCCCGGUGUAUUACCGAGCAGGGGACGACCAGUAGUUACGUGUACGAGCCGCUCCUGAACGCCGACAAUGGAGAAGAUGUCAAGGCCUACGCAGUGGGGCCCCAGUACUGUUUUGCGGUGACGCGGAAAUCGCCCGCAGUCACAGGCGUGGUCCAUCGGGAUGCGACUGGCAAGGAAGUAAGACUACCCACUGAGGUCAGCAAGCAGGAGGCAGACGCGGCCGCCAAGAUCUCAACAGGAUUUGGUCAGUCGGUCUGCGGGUUCGACAUCGUGCGCAAUAAAGGCAAGAGCUACGUGAUCGACGUCAAUGGUUGGACCUCGGUGAAAAAUCAGCCUAGUUUCUACGGUCAAUGCGCCGAGAUCCUGCAGCAGAUGCUUAUGUCUCAUGUUGCUCAUGGGAUUGCGAAGAACUGA